AUGACCGCUCCCGUAUGCAGCAGACUCCUCUUCCGACAUGACGACAACCAUACCGAGCGCCUCAUCUUCUGGUCUCCCGAUGAGGUCACGCGCGUCAAGAAACGCAGCGCUUUCCUCAAGCGGCGCAUAGUUUAUCUCGAAGUCGACCUCGGGCGGAGACCAGAAGAGAUAAGCUUCCAGAGACAGGGCGAACUUCCCCAUCCAACAUCCCUGACACCAGGUGUUAGUCUCAGCGACUUCAGGGGCUUUCUCCGUGAUCUUGCUUCAACAGGGAAUAUUCCCAGCACGUUUGAACAUCUAGUUCCCUUUUGCAAGUGCGCUUGGGUGUGCGAAUGCCCUCCCGACCCCGCCACCCUGCCCUUACAGAUCUUCAGCCGCAAGCGUGGACCAGAUGAACGUCGCGAUGUCAUAGCUUGCAAGUUUGACCCGAUUUCGAGAGACGGUCGGCCUUGGGGUCUCACUCGGGAGUGCGAGGUCUACGAUGGCGACACCUGCGUGUGCAGCGCUGAGCUUGCCAACAUGUUCCUUUGGUUUGGCUGGGAGCAUCAUUUCAGAAAGCAUCUGAAGUUGGCCAUAUGGACAGGAAGUAAAGAAAGCGUUGCUAUCCUGACGCCCGUUGCGCAGCUCCAGAACCUUCAAGAUAUCAGGGAUCGUGAGAUUCAGUCCAUGAGAAGCGAUCUUCGUCGAUAUUUGGACAGCAACCAAAGCGACUACAGGCACUGUGUCAAAGACUCCACCAAAGACGCCAUUGAAAGAUACCUCGCCAACAUGGAGGAUUUGCCCGCAAGAGUAGGGCGCACUUUGGAGAAGCUAUUCACGGGGAGCAGCGAGGUAAACGGCGCCGCUUCGACAUCACCGACACGACCCUUCAACGAACACAGGGUUUCGCUCAGCCCUAGUGUGCCAACAUCACUGAGUUCCGGGGGCAGUGGCGCCGAAAGUUCUGGACCUGAAUCGGCAAGCGGCUCUCAACCGGAUCGUACAAGCUUCUACAACCCAGAGCUCCACGGCUUCUACCAUCCACAUGCUGCCGGCGUUUACUAUUCACAACCGGCCAGUGUCAAUCUUCCUGACCCAUCCCCACCAACGAAGAGCCCCGCGAGGGCUGGAUCGUUUAUCGAGAUCUUUGGUUUUGCUGGUAAAAUAUACAAAAAUAUAGAAAAGAAGGAAGGGAAAUCUGAUGAAUUUGCCUCCAAAGUACUGGCUCAUCUUGCCAAGGGGAUUGAGGUGAGACAGAAGGAGCUUGAGGACUCAAUAUGGGCUAUGCGAGAGGGGAAGAUACGUGCGUGGAAAUAUGAGCUCGGGAUAGAAUAA